AUGGCCUCGUACAGUCACCAGGAAACUCAGUCGAGUCCCGCGAAGGAGGUGCCCAGAACUACAAAAUGCACUAAUGGGUCACCACACAGGGAACGGAGGAGAAGAGAAGAGGAUGUUUCAUCAGGUUUCAGUGCUGCGUUACAUCGAUCACCCCCGCCUCCGCCACCUGCGCUUUUACGGAGGUUGGGGGUGAAGGAACCCACUGGAGUCGGAAAGGUCAAAGUAAUGCUACGAGUUGGCGCGACCGGCGAAGGACCUUUCACCAGCGGUACACAGACCUUCUCACUCGACAAACGCAAGAAGCAAGUGACUUUAUGUGAAACAGCUCCUACAGCCACUGCCCCAGAAGACAGAAAAGUUGGUGUGGCUGCUCCGAAGAUGUUCGCAUUCGAUGCGAUAUUCUCACAGGAUGAUCCACAGACGGAGAUCUGCUCGAGCGCGUUGACUGACGUUAUUCACGCUGUCAUCAACGGUACCGACGGUUGCCUCUUUUGCUUCGGACAUGCAGGACUAGGCAAGUCGUACACAAUGUUGGGGCGACCGGACUCAUCAUCAUCCCUUGGUGCUGUACCUUGCGCAAUAUCCUGGUUAUUCCGGGGGAUAGCUGAGCAAAGGCACAAAUGCGGGACACGCUUCUCCGUCAGAGUUUCUGCUGUGGAACUUUGUACUAACACCAAUCAGAUUAGAGAUUUGUUGGCGCCAUAUCAAAAUGAUACUGAACAAUCACCAGGAGUGUAUCUCCGAGAUGAUCCACUGUUCGGCACGCAUCUUCAGAAUCAGUCGGAAUUACGUGUGCAUAGUGCAGAGAAAGCUGCAUUUUAUCUCGAUGCAGCAUUGGCUACAAGAGGAACUCGCGAAGAAGGGAAAGACAGCCACCUUCUAUAUACUUUACAUGUUUACCAAUAUAGCGUCGGUGGAAAAGGAGCAGUUGCCGGAGGGCGGAGCCGCUUGCACUUGAUAGACUUAGGCAAUUCUGAGCGAGGAAAAACUAAUGGAGGGAUACCACUAUCCGGUUUAGGAAAUAUUCUUUUAGCAAUUUUUAAUGGACAACGACAUUUACCCUAUCGAGAUCACAAUUUAACACAUGUAUUGAAGGAAUGCUUAGGUUCUUUAACAUGUCACACUGCGAUGAUAGUUCAUGUAUCUCCUAACGUUCAAAACUAUUCUGAUACUUUAACGACACUGCAGUUAGCUUCGAGAAUACAUAGAUUGCGUAGAAGAAAAAUUAAAUAUAGUUCAAAUAAUAAUGCUGGCUCUGGAGGCAGUUCUGGAGAAGAUGCGUCUAAGCCAAGUAGUAGCGAACCCGACCCAUCGAGUAGUGACCUCUCCGCAGAUACGGUAAUUUAUGUAGGACCUUCAGAUGACGCAACAGAUGGUGAACAUCCACCGGUUUAUAUACCACACAUUAAUUCGGUUUUGAGUAAAACUUUACGAGGCUCCGCAGCAGAUCAAAAGCACAAAUCUUCUCUAUCAAAAGUUGUUGAAGAAAAAAGCCCAAUCCAUAAAUUUUAUGCAUCACCAAAAUCAUCUCCCUUAAAGAAUAUAACACAGCCAAAUUACACACCAAAAUCUUCUCCAGUACAUACAAUAACAUCGAAAGCUACUCCUAUAAAAAAACAAAAUUCAAAGCAUGGAGAGGAAGGGAAAAGUACAAGUGAUGAACAAUGGAUCGAUGGACCUAGAAUAUCAAAAUCAAAACUUGUAGAAGCUCGACAUAUUAUAAAAGAAACGCAAGGGAAGAAGAGGGAAACGUGGAUCGAUGGUCCAAUGCAAGAGCCCAAAGCUCCGCUACAAUUUGAAUCUGUGCCAAUUCAACAACCCAGUAAUGUACCUCUGCAAGUUGGUAUUCUUAACUCAUAUGGAAACGAAAGUAUUGGAUAUGGUUAUAUGGAUAGCCAUAAGAAAAAUAUGAUCAAAAAAUGGGUGGAGAACCAGACAUCUCAAAUUCACAAAUCUAGGCAUAAUUCACCUAGUCAUAAAGUCCAACAACCUCAUAAAGAAGGAGUAAGACUUCCUGAAGAAAUUGAUAGCACUACUCAUAGAAUGGAAAUUAAAGAUGCAACAAGACGAAUAUAUGUAGAAGAAUCUACUAUAAGAACUGGUUUAAAAGCUGGCUCAAAAGGAAUGUCAAUAGAAGAAGAAAAUCUUGGUCCCCCUGAUUCAAAUUACAUAAGAAAACCAUCAAGUACAAAAUCAUCGACAAAAAAUGAACCUGACGAAGAUGAUGAUAGUGAAGAGUUAGCAGAGAUUCCACCUGCCUUACCUUUAAUACAGCCAAGUAGUCUAAGUAGUAGAGAAGUGUCAAUGGAAAGUUUGGAUAGCAAAUAUAAAGAAAGAAUGAGAAUGGACGAUGAAAUGGUUUCUAAUCACAGUCGAGAUAUUGACCCCCAUGGAAUGAGUAAGGGUCCAGUUGACGAUGAAGAUGAAAUCUUAGAAAUAAUUGAAGUCGAAGAGCCAUUAGAACCUGUUCCAAUGCAGGAUUGUUGCCUUCAAGUCACAGAAGAAGAUAUUGCACUUUGUAUGGGGUAUGCAGAAAAUCAUUUUGAGCAAUUUGAACGUGAAGAAGGUGAUGAUCAUCCUCUUAGAAUUUUAAGCCAAGAAAAUUUAACUGUUGCCUCAACUUUUACAGACACUCUUUCUUUAUAUAGUGAAGUAGAAAGGCAAAUUAGAACUGAAGCAUAUCUUAGGCAAACGAUUGGAUUUUAUACUAAUAAUUAUGUAGAUCAUCCGGCAGAUUUAAAUCCACAUGAAAGUUUACCUUCAUCACGCUCGAGAUUAGAAGAAUUAUUGGGUUUGACUGAAUUGUAUGGAUCACGACGAGUAUUAGACAAUAGUAACGAACAAACGUCGAGGAUUGCACCCCAAUUUCAAUCUCUGUCAAUGUGCAAUGUUAGAGAUACUGAAGAUUAUCAUGGUGAUGGAUCCGUCUACAGUGAACCCGCAUAUCGGCCUAGUGAUAAAAUUUGUGAUAGUUGUAAACGGUCUAUGUCUAGACCAGGUAGCGCUGUAGGAGAAUGUGAUGCAUAUCACGAUUUGGAUGUCAUACAUAAUGAUCCAUAUGGCCCUUUUGAAAGAUAUCGAUCUAACGAUAUAACAGAUGCUAGGAUAGCUUCACUGCGACAUCCAGAUGGAGCAUCUGAUCCAAAUUUACGAGAAGAAAAUCGAGUCCCAGGUAGUGGCGCACCAUCUAGCACAUUUAAGGAACUUAAAUCAAAUUUGCAUCUAGAAGUCACACCGCCCGUUGUAACAACUGAGCCACGAUCCGAAAAAUGUGAGAAAGGAGAUAAAAAUGUGGCAAGAAUAGUGGCCGGCUGUAAACCAGAUGGUUACGAUAGUGGGCAUGAAUCUACGCCCAGAACUGGCAAACAUAGUCCAGCAGCCACAUCGAGAAGAGCAGAGUCCGGUUAUGACUCUGUACCAAGAGAUUCUGAUGCAUCAUCACUUGAUUCCUAUCCAACUAGAAGAGCCGCUGUCGCCAGGGCCCAUGCAAAAAAACAUACCACAGCUAAAUAUAAACAGCACAGCGAUCGGUCUUUCUGUUCAUGGCUAAGAAAUCCGUUCACAUGCAAAUAUGCGGACACGGAUCCUGAGAUUAGUGACUUU